AUUUCCGGUUUUCUGACAUUUUCUGCAUUUUGACACUCAUCAUGCAAAAAUAUGAAAAAUUGGAAAAGAUAGGAGAAGGUACUUAUGGUACAGUUUUCAAGGCCAAGAACCGGGAAACACAUGAAAUUAUCGCAUUGAAGAGAGUCCGACUGGAUGAUGAUGAUGAGGGGGUACCCAGUUCUGCAUUGAGAGAGAUCUGCCUACUUAAGGAGUUAAAACAUAAAAAUAUUGUGAGGCUUCAUGAUGUGUUACACAGUGAGAGAAAGCUGACAUUAGUGUUUGAAUACUGUGACCAGGAUUUAAAGAAGUACUUCGACAGUUGCAAUGGAGAAAUUGAUCCCGAUGCAGUCAAGUCUUUUAUGUACCAGUUGUUGCGUGGUUUGGCAUUCUGUCACAGUCACAAUGUGCUGCAUAGAGAUCUCAAACCUCAAAAUUUAUUAAUUAACAAGAAUGGGGAACUGAAGCUUGCUGAUUUUGGCUUGGCUCGAGCAUUUGGCAUUCCUGUGAGGUGCUAUUCCGCUGAGGUGGUUACAUUGUGGUACCGCCCACCUGAUGUUCUCUUUGGAGGCAGACUUUACUCAACAUCCAUUGAUAUGUGGUCAGCAGGCUGCAUAUUUGCAGAGUUGGCCAAUGCUGGUCGACCUUUAUUUCCUGGAAAUGACGUUGAUGACCAACUGAAGAGAAUAUUCAAAUUGCUGGGAACACCCACAGAAGAGACGUGGCCAGGGAUAACACAGCUGCCUGAUUAUAAGCCAAUUGCCAUGUACCAUGUGAAUACUUGCUGGCAACAAGUGGUGCCAAAGCUCAAUUCAAAAGGCAGAGAUUUAUUACAGCAUCUACUUGUCUGCAACCCGUCAAAGAGGAUGUCAGCUGAGGAUGGCAUGAUGCACUCUUACUUUGCCGAUUUAAAUCCUGCAAUAAAGCAAGGAUGAAGCUCGUUCAGAGAACGGGCAUAUGAUGCAACAACAAGGACGAUGAUAGUAUGGGCCUUAUUGCUUACACUGGUGGAAUUGGUGCAGAUGUUUGUCAAAUUUUUUUUUUCCAAAUAACUCAUUGCAGAUCUUCCUCUCAUGUUCUGACUUGAAGUCAUGGGUAGACAUGCCCUGAAAUGAUCAGCUGUGUGGCUGCCCUCCAGUGAGCAUGUGGAGGGUGAAUGCUGUUAACAACUUCAUUGUGCUAGCCUUCUUGUUUUAAAAAAAAAAAAAACAGCCUUUCAUCCACUGUCAUUAUCAUCAUAUCAUAGCCGGCGUCGUAUCCUUAUUGGGUUUCGUCAAAGGUAUGGAGUCCACUACAGGCUACUGUCCACCUAUGUUGGAUCUUUUACUUGCCCUGGCAUAGACACUCGGGUACAAGGGACCAUGGCUUUCUGUCUCAUCUGACAGACUAGUAUCUUUAAACGUUGUACAUCAUGACGUGUUGUGAAGGGCUAAUGAUACUUUGAACAAACCUCGCCCUAGGACUUUUCUUAGAAGUGCCUGAAACUUACCCAAAAUAUCAAAAUUAGUCAUUUUGUGAGAUGUUAUCAUACCGUUGAAUAGUUAGCUCUCUGUAUUAAAGCUUUUUUGUUGUUUUCCUGCAAUGGUUUAUAUAUGUUCCAUUCCUCAAAGAACCGUUAUCCUGCUGGGUAUUGGUACAUUGUACAACGGAACAGAACACGAGAUUUUAAUGGUAAAUUAAUCAAACUCUCCAGGCCUCAUUUGAUUGUUUAUCAUGUUCAACUUAAGUAUUGUUAUACUGACGAUCUCCUCACAAGCCAACUGCUACUCAAAUGUUCGAGAAAAUCAGUAUAAACGUUAAUGCUCAAUCAAAUGAAAUGGUCCUGGGACCAUGUGCUCAUCUCGGGUAAUGUAAUGCAUGUCAUUUGCAGUGGAUAUGGGGAGAACAGUUUCUGACUAGUUUCAACAGUUUUGAUUCCAUUGAAUAAUAUUAUUUUUCUUGGCUCAAUGGCACAAAAGAAAAUUACCGGUACCUUCUAAGUAUAGCAUUUUGGUUAUAAAGUUGACUGAAUUUCAGGGUUAUUGAAGAGUGUACAUGUCAUAUGGAAAUUGGUUGACAUCUGUUCAACAGUUUAGGAGUAAUAGGACUUCGUUGGAUGUUCAAGAUGGCGGCCUGGCGACCAUAUUUGUCAUGGGAUUUGACUGAAAAUUAAGGAUAUUGAAAAGAGUACAUAGAUACAUAAUCACCUGAAGUUUGGUUGCAAUCUGGUCAUUAGUUUCGGAGUAAUAGGACUCUGUUUAAUUUUCAAGAUGGCCACCUGGCGGCCAUAUUGGUCGUUGGAUUUGACUAAAAUCAGGGACGUUGUCGAGAGUGCAUAGAUAUACAAUCACAUGAAAUUUGGUUUCAAUCCUACUUUGUUUAAUUUUCAAGAUUGUCGCCUGGCGUUCAUAUUUGAAGUCCGAACGGGACACAUUUUUAGGGUAGAAUAGAGGGUCCCUAGAUAUAUAUCCUCACAAGUUUAGAACUUUCUAGCUCAAAUAGAAACGAAACAUGACACCAAUCGGUGAUUUAGUAAACUUUGACCUCUGUGACCUUGAAAAGUAGGUCAAAUCAAAAACCCGGGUGAUACGUCUUUUAAUCUUAUUAGAUACACCCACCAUAAAAUUUUGUCACUCUACGUGCAACCAUCAGCUUCAAAAAGGCAAAAAUAAUUUCCAAGAUGGCCGCCUGGAUGCCAGAAAGUAGGUCAUAUCACAAAAAAGAACAAUAAGUCUGGGCAUAUUGCCCAAAGCUACCGUCACACCAAGUUUUAGACAUCUAGUCCUAGCGGUGACAAAACAUGCUACGCUAACAGACGACGAUGGACGCCACGAUGUCGUAUAAGCUCCCCAGAGGUGAGAUAAAAAGGAAUGAACAACGCACUAUCCAGAGAAACUCCAGGGUUAUGUUUGCUCCCUCGGAGUUCACAGGGAAGACGGAGCAAACCUAACCCUUGACUUCUACCCGUCUUGAGGGUGAAGUCGAUGGGAGCAUUCUGUGGAAAUAAGGGGUUAAUGGGUGCUUCUAUCUUUAGCCCUGCAAAAACGGAGAAGCGAACACUGACUCCUGACUAAUUCCUAUGGAGGAUAGGAGUAAACGGAGGUCAUAUACUGGCCAACAAACAUCUCUGUGAGUCGUCCGUCUAAAAAUGAUGUAGAGAGUGCAACUGAGAAAUUUCAAUGGAUGUCACAUGCUUGUCCUUGCGUCAUGACGUCUUCCCAUCUUGACGUAAGCUUGGACAAUACUUAUGACCUGGACAGAACGUGACAGCGACGUCAAUCUUCCUGUAAAUGACGUUGCGUUAAAUCAUGACGUCUAAUUGUGACAAAACACACGUGUACAUUUUAGUGACUCACUAAGAAUUCAAAUAAGAGCAGGUUUAUUUUAAGUUGAGUGCAGUUGAUUGUUCUCUUGUGAGGAAGACGCUUUGUUGAACUAAGAAGGAUAGGAUAAUGUAACUCAAAAUCUCUUGUUCUGUUCCAUUCCGUUCUACAAAGUACCAAUAUCCAGCAGGAUAACGGUACUCUGAGGAAUGGAACGGAACAUAUAUCAACCAUUGCAGGAAAACAACCAAAAAGCUUUAAUACAGAGAGCUAACUAUUCUACGGUUUCUCAUCUCAGAAAAUGACUGAUUUGAUGUUUUGGGUAAGUUUCAGGCAGUUAAGUACCAUUAGCCGUUGUGAAGAGCCAGGAAUUUCAGUUCCUUGAAAGCCAUGCUGGUUCAUCCAGCAGCGUUUACAACUGGGCUCUGAGGCUCCUGUCUUGGUGCAAAUGUCAGUUAUGAGUAAACUAAUUUGUGACUCUCAUCUGAGACACUGUGGUAUCUUGCCACACUUAUAUGAAUCUCCUUCCGAGGCCAAACUUCAGUUGACAAACCUCCGGUCAGGCAAAAAGUUGAUACUGGCAAUAAAAAGGAUUUGCCAAAAAUUGGGGAUUGGUCCGAGACUUUUGUUGUGAUAUGUGUUGUUCAGUGUACCACUUAAAACUGACGAUUUGUUUUUAAAUAGUUUACUUAGUCCUCUUUGUGCCUAUGAGACACACCAGUCUUCAAUUACCAGUCUCUACCCUGUUCAAUCGGCAGCUUGUCUGAAGAUGUUUCCCCAGGUCAGAUCAAGCUGCUUGAUCUCCGAGUAAAAUAUUACUAGAGAAACUUCAGAUCAAAAAACACAACUUGUCUUUAUGCUUAACAAACCUUUUUCUUGUCAUUGCCAAGAUUUAAUUUGAAUCUAACUGUAUUGGUCAGCAAUCGUCAGAUUCUUCAGUCUGUUCUGAAAUUAUAUAAUUGAAAUAUGUGCAAUAUGUAUUACCAGGUACAUUUAUCAUGGUGGCCCAUUACAACAAAUAUACCGGUUAUUGGCCACAGUAGACCUAUGUAGCAUUUUUAACGUUGUACUUUCAACAUUAGGGCCGAUUACAAAAACGUUUUGGGUUUGUCCAAGAGCACGUGGUUGAGAGAUAAUGAACAACACUUAUGUUUUCACUAUGAACGCUAAAGUCUAACUGUUUAUAAUAACAAGGUUACAUGGGUCGAAGGACCGGUGGAUAAUAGUGCAUGCAGAUGAUUGGUUAACCUGUAGUAAGUAGGCGGAGCUUAAUCUAAGACAAGUUGCAGGCUGUUCGUGACAGGGUUUGAACACAAGAAAAUAAAAUGAUAUAAACGUAUGAUAGGGUUUAUUUGAUAAUGGAAUAUUCACAGAUGUAGAUAAUAUAGACGAUGGUUACACAUAUUUCUUAUAGGAGCGACAAAACCGACACACAGACCAUUUAACGUUACGGCGUACAAUAGAGACAGCACAGAGACCGGGGCCACGGAUUAAGUUUCGUUUGGCAAGAGUUCCCACAAACACUGGUUUUCUGAAUCACUCGCCCAAUGUGAAUUCUAGCUUUUAUAUCGCAAGGGAGCAACCCAGUUUGACAAUUGAGACAAACGACGUAUCGUUAAGACAACAAUCUAUACAGACGACGUAUCGCACCCAGCGUGCCUUUUACAUAAAAUUGUACGUUAACAACGUCACGACGUUACCAAGAGCGAAAUCCCCCUCUUUUUGAAGAAUGUCAAGUGACGUUACUUUUUUCCCCGCGCCAAGGCAACAAUUAUUUUCAAUCAACUCCCAAUGUCAAUCAUGUGACGUCACGCCCCACGCGCAUCUGAUUGGUCGAGAUACAACGUGUCAAUAACAGUAGAUUUUGUAACAAGAAGGAAACCGUAAACGAUGGGUAAACUGACGAAAUACCGCACCACUGACUGAUAACAGUUCCAAAUAUCAUCAGGAUAUCAAAAUUAAGGUAAUCAUUUAUCACCUCAUGCAGGUUUUGACUGAUGUUAUUAAACUUUAUGGACAAUAUAACCGAUUGUAAAACGUAGGCCAAAACCUCAUGCAAUAUUUUCCCGAUCAAGGUCCCGCCUUUUGACCAAAAACCAAUCGAGCUGCCUAAAGAGGUAAAUCUAUCGUUCGCAAGUCCAUAGUUACACAAAACCUCAUAAGAUUAUAAGAAAAACCCCCUGACGUCGGUUCGCAUGACUAAAAGUCACAUACGAUAUGUGUAAUUUUGACAAUUAGAGGUAGACGAGACAUCGUCGACAACUUGACGAAAGUGAGACGGUCAGACAUCAUCACCAAACGAAAAGUGACAGAUUCGUCCUUAACUUCUUUAAAAUAAACAUCUUGGAAGCUGAUUAAAUGUAAAUAUAUUGUGCCAAAAACCGAGUGUAAAGAUAUGUUGACCUAAUGUCGAAAACCGCACGUAUUUUAAAUGCGUAGUUUUGGAAUGACAAACUUUUGAAAAGAGACCAUCAAAUUGGCCCAUGUCAAAGGUCAUUGACCCGUAGUGUAAAAUACAUGGUAAACAAAGCUUUGUACAGCUUCCAUGGUGCACUUAAAUUUUACCAGACGUCAAAGAAUUUUGAAAACGGCUCGAAUAAAAUUUGUAUAGACACAGAUGGAAUUAAAA